AUAGACGAAAACACAAUUGCUGACCUGCGUAUUUUAAAUUUAUCCGUAUUACCUGUAACAUAUAAUGAUCAAUUUUAUAAGGAUGUCAUUCAGACUCAUUCAGUUGAAAUGAGCUGCUUAGCUUAUUUAAAUGGACAGGCAGUUGGUGGCAUUACAUGCCGCAAAGAAGCCUGUUCCGAUUCACUAUUUCGUGUAUAUAUUAUGACUCUUAGUGUCUUGGCACCGUACAGACGACUCAAAAUAGGUUCGAUGCUUCUUGAUACAAUCAUGAACAACAUAAAGCAUGACUGUACUUUAGACCACCUGUGUCUUCAUGUUCAAACCACUAACGAGCAGGCGUUGGGAUUUUACGGUCGCAACGGAUUCCAUAUUCAUUCGCGAUUAGAUGGAUACUAU